AUAAAAGGAUUCUAUUACUGUAAGCUUAGGACUUCAAAUGUAUAUUGAAAUAGAGUACGUUUGAACCUGAGUACGUAUCAUUUGUUGUAGAACACCAAGACGAAAUAUAAUGUUGAAAAAAUGGGAUGCAUAGCGCUCAUUAUUUCAGAACUACGUUUACUGUAUAUAAUUUACUCCAUUUUCAGACUCAUUUCGAAGAAUGUCAAUUUGAACUGAGAAGGAAAGAUAAUUGGAAAAAACUGAAAUGGAAUGCGAUUCCAACAUUAUUUAAUGUGCCAAAUGCACCAAGAAAAUUAAAGUCAUCAAGACGUGACUUGACCAAAAUAUUAAAUGAGGCAAAAAGUGUCAAUAAAGAACAAAACAGUUUGAGUGAGCACUCCUACGCUAAAUGCCACCAGGACGAACCAGUUGUGUCCGAAACAUUCAAUUUGGAGGCAUAUACAGAUACAGAACAGGAUUGUAAGAACUGUGCGAGCUUGAAGAACGAAGUCAGGAGUUUAAAAUAUCAGAUCGCGCAACUCGAGCAAAAAAUUUCAAAUAUGGAGCGAAAUCUCAAGUCCUGUUUCAAUGAGGACCAAAUCGACGCAUUGCAACGAACAUUCGCGUCGAAGGGAAACAAAUGGGCGAAUGAAACCGUGAUGACUGCUUUAAAAGUUAGAUGUGCUACUGGUGUGAAAGGUUACAACUUCAUUCGAAGUUUGGGCUAUCCGUUGCCAUCGAGUAGAACACUUUGCAAUCGUGUGGUUAAUUUAAAACUUGCCCCGGGGAUUCAGCAUACUAUUCUGGAUUGGAUGAAGAUAAAAAUGGGAGGUUUUUCACCGCGUGAACGACUUUGUACUCUUCUACUGGAUGAAGUACAAAUAGGCCAUGCUGUGGAGUACGAUCCGUCUCUGAAUAUGAUCGUUGGCUACAUCAGUAGCGAGUUUGCAACUGGCCAGACAACAACAAUGGCGUCGCAUGUUCUUUGUUUUAUGGUUAAAGGCGUGACGACGAAAUGGAAACAGUUAAUUGGUAAUGUGUGACUUUAUCAUCAAUAGCACGUUGCACUUCUAAUAUAUUUAAAUAAACAAUUUUGCACAAACUUUUUUAGCAUAUUUUUAUACGGGAGCAUCUAUUGAUGGGGAUGCCUUAUGGAGUGUAACACAAAAGCUUGUAUUGGAAAUGGAGAAACGAGGCUUUAUUGU